GGGACGGGGAGCCGCAGGCGGCCUCUGCCGCUGGUUCUCCUUCCCUCCCCUCUCGCCGUGCCGCCCUGUGCGGGGAGCAGAGCCCGCGGCGGCCUGGCCGCGGCUCCGGCUCCAUCUCUGUCCCUGUCAGGACGAGGUGGUGUAAGCGGGAGAAGGCCAAGUCAGUCCCUUACGGCUGCCUCACAGCUUUUACAGCCUCCGCCGUGUGUACUCAGGGCAGAGAAGAAGGGACACUGCUGUGGGGGUGAUGAGGCCCUGGAAGAAGUUGCCCAGGGAGGCUGUGGGUACCCCAAUCCUGGCAGUGUUCAAAGAUUUGAGAAGCCUGGUUUAGUAGGACGCGCCCCUGCCCAUGGCACGGGGUUUGGGACUGGUUGAUCUUUAAGGAAGAGAAGAUGGAAGGAUUGUUGUUGGGUCAGUGAUGAUAAAAGAAUGGAAUAGGACAGACAGCUGCAGUUGGAUUGUCCAGCUAUAUUGUUAGGAGGAUUUUAAGAAAAGAAGAUACCUCUAAAAUACAGAACACCAGUAUGGAAGCUAGAACCAGUGAAGAUCAUUUGAAAGUCCAGAAAAUGAAGAAGAAGGUGUUGAGGAAGCAGGUCAGAGCUCAGCAUACGUUGAUGAGACAUGAGGGCAUAAAGUGUGUCUCCCAUGCAACACAGAGCCUGGUUAUUGCCAAUGCUGGUCUUGGUAAUGGGAUGAGUAGGCAGCAAUUGCUCAGAAUACUAGAAGAAUAUGGAGCAAUGGAAACAGUCUUAAUGCCACCAAAUAAACCAUACUCAUUUGUGAAAUACAGAACAGCAGAAGAAGCCAAGAAAGCCUUUAAUGCCCUUAAUGGAAAGGAAGUAACACUAGAAGACUGUGGCCAAAACAUUGUUCUAUAUAUUAAUUUUGUGGAAAAAGUUUCCCUGCAAAAUGCUGUUCCUACAAGCUUGCCUCCAGGCUUAAUGGUAAUUGAAAACAUUAUUUCUCCAGAGGAAGAAAGGAGGAUGUUGGAAAGUAUUGACUGGAAAGCGGAUGAAGAUACUCAGAAUGCCCAGAAGACUUUAAAGCAUAGAAGAGUAAAGCAUUUUGGAUAUGAGUUUCGCUAUGAUAACAAUAAUGUUGAUAAAGACAAACCAUUACCUGGAGGUCUUCCUGAAAUUUGCAACCCAUUCUUGGAGAAGUGCUUAAAGCAGGGAUAUAUCAAACAUAAACCUGAUCAACUGACUGUAAAUCAGUAUGAACCUGGACAAGGAAUCCCCCCUCAUACUGAUACACAUUCUGCUUUUGAAGAUGAAAUAAUCUCUCUCAGUUUGGGAGCUGAGAUUGUGAUGGAUUUCAAACACCCUGAUGGUCAUACAGUGGCAAUUAUGUUGCCCCGAUGCAGUUUAUUGGUGAUGACUGGAGAAUCCAGAUACCUGUGGACACACGGGAUCACACCCAGAAAAUAUGAUGUUGUUCAAGCAUCAGAACUUGAACAAAAAGUUAGAACAAUCACUGCUGAUGUUGGAGAUUUAACAUUAAAUCGAAGGGAAACAAGGACAUCAUUUACAUUCAGGAAAGUGAGGAGGAGCCCUUGCAAUUGCAUUUACCCAUCUGUCUGUGACAGCCAGAAAGGACAGCAGAGACCGGUGCAACCUUUAUUUCCCCAGAAUGAGCUGGAAGCCUCAAAGCUGGAGCAAGAAUACGUACACAAGGUGUAUGAAGAGAUUGCCACACACUUCAGCAGUACCAGGCAUAGCCCUUGGCCCCGAAUUGUAGAGUUUCUCAGGUCCCUGCCAACAGGGUCAAUAGUGGCUGAUAUUGGUUGUGGCAAUGGGAAGUACCUUGGCAUCAAUGAGGAUUUGUACAUGGUUGGCUGUGAUCGCAGCAAAAACCUGGUGGAUAUUUGUGGAGAAAAACAUUUCCAGGCGUUUGUCUGUGAUGCUCUGUCAGUGCCAAUCCGCAGCGGUUCUUGCGACGCCUGCAUCUCUAUUGCUGUAAUCCACCACUUCUCAACAGCAGAGCGGAGACUGGCUACUAUCCGGGAACUAGCUCGGCUUCUAAGACCUGGUGGAACAGCACUCAUUUAUGUCUGGGCAAUGGAACAAGAAUACAAAAACCAGAAGUCUAAAUACCUUAAGGAAAAGAAUGAUAGUAAAAACAAAGACAAAGAAAUGAAUACUGACACAGCCCAGAGACCAUUUAGUGACCAAGAGCCUGAUAACAGCAGCCAAGACUCAGCAUGGUCUGACCAACUCCUUAAUGGCUUGAAGGAUGAAAGCUGUGGUGCCAAGCCAGUAGCAGACUUCAGACUGCCUGUUCACACUAACAGAACCUCCUUUCACUCUCAAGAUUUGCUGGUUCCCUGGCACCUGAAAAGUGGCACUAAAAAGAAGGAGGAAAGUGUUGAUACAAUGUCGGUUCCAGGUGGCUCCAAAGAAUUGCAAGAACUCAGCCCUGUUUUCCACCGCUAUUACCAUGUGUUCUGUGAAGGGGAACUGGAAGCAGUGUGCAGAUCCCUGGAUUGUGUGAGGGUUCAAAAGAGUUACUAUGAUCAGGGAAACUGGUGUGUGAUUCUAGAAAAGUUGUAGCCUGUGAUGCUUCCUCUACCAUCGGUAGAGUUUUCUUUGUUUUUUACAGUGAAAGGUAUUUUGUGAAAGGUAUUUUUAAUGCAGGAUGCAGCUAUUGCCUCUUUUAAAAUAGCAAAAUAAAGAUUGUGCAUUGAAUUAAUAA